CGGGCGGCGGCGGCGCCUCGGGGCCCUCGGAGCGGACGGCGCUGGCGCGGGAGCGCUUCAAGGUGGUCUUCGCCCCGCUCAUCUGCAAGCGGACGUGCCUGAAGGGCCAGUGCCGCGACAGCUGCAAGCCCGGCUCCAACAUGACCCUCAUCGGCGAGAACGGCCACUCCAUGGACACCCUCACCGGCUCCGGCUUCCGCGUGGUGGUUUGCCCUCUGCCCUGCAUGAACGGUGGGCAGUGUACAUCUGGGAAUCACUGCCUCUGCCCACCAGAAUUCACAGGUCGCUUCUGCCAGGUGCCAGCAGGUCGGCAGAGCCAAGGGCAGCAGGCCCGGGUCUCCAGCGAAGGCCUCCCCAUGGAGACGGGAUCCAGCAAGCACGCCAUCUAUGCGGUCCAGCUUAUCUCUGACAGCCACGGCGACUCGCCUUCAGGGCCCGGCUCAAAGGGGACCGUGAGCCAUUCCACCUUCAUGGUUCCUUUGGGACCCAGCCAACAUUCCUCAGAAGUUCAGGUGCACCAACCCCUGGUCAACGUCCGUGUGCAUCACCCCCCCGAAGCCUCCGUGCAAGUCCAUCGGAUCGACAGCCUCAGCUUGGAGAACGGUGGGCCGGGCAGCCAGCAGCACCUGAUCCAGCACCCGGUGGCCCCCAAGCCUGCGUAUAUCAGGCCUCCCACCCAGAAGCCUUUGGGGCGCUGCUUUCAGGAGACGAUGCCAAAACAGAUGUGCGGGAGCAACCCUCUUCCAGGGCUGACCAAGCAAGAAGACUGCUGUGGAAGCAUUGGCACCUCCUGGGGGCAGAACAAAUGCCACAAAUGCCCCCACCUGCAGUAUUUAGGAGUGCAGAAGACAGGUCAGAUCCGUGGGGAGGUGGGGAGUGACUGCCCGCAGGGGUACAAGCGACUGAACAGCAGCCACUGCCAAGACAUCAACGAGUGCACCAUGCAAGGAGUGUGCCAAGGGGGCGAAUGUUUGAAUACCCAAGGAAGCUUCCGCUGCGCAUGCAAGCCGGGACAGGUGUUGGGGCCUUCUCGCACCCAUUGUGUGCCAGAGAAAGGCGGGGAGAAGAGUUCGUGUUUCCGGCUGGUGAGCACCGAUCACCAGUGCCAGCACCCGCUGCCCACCAAGCUCACCCGCAUGACCUGCUGCUGCAGUGUGGGCAAGGCCUGGGGGACCCGCUGUGAGCGCUGCCCAGCUGAUGGGACUGCUGCUUUCAGAGAGAUCUGCCCUGCGGGAAAAGGCUACCACAUCCUGACUUCACACCAGAUUCUGACCAUCCAAGGAGAGAGCGAAUUCACACUCCAGAUUCACCCGGAGGGCACCACUGACUUGCAGCAGCAGCCCCGCAUAGAUCUUCCCACCUAUCCACCUGCCGGGAGUGACUCGCAGGAGCCAGUGGUAACUCUUGCUAUGUUACCAGCUUAUGUGACAACCACAGAGGAGCAGCGCGUGGAUCACAUCCCUGUCAACAUUCCCACCCUCGCCCCUCGUUACCCUGAGGUGAUUGCUAAGCCCACGAUGGCGGUGGUGGUGUACGAAGAGGAAGACAAGAACAGAAGCACCAUGGAUGUUGCUCCCACUCAGGUGACAGAAACUGACAUCUGCAAACUGAACCGCAACAUCUGUGGCCAUGGCGAAUGCAUCCCUGGAACCCCCGGCUACAUGUGCCACUGUUACUCAGGGUACCGCUGGCACCCUCAGCUCAGGCACUGCGUAGAUGUGAACGAGUGUGAGACGGAGCCGUGUGGCAGCGGGAAGGGGGUGUGCAUGAACACGGGGGGUUCCUACAACUGCCAUUGCAACUGGGGAUACCAGCUGAAGAUUCACAAGGGCGUGCGGUCCUGUAUGGAUAUCGAUGAAUGUGCCAAGCCCAAUGUCUGCGGGGACCGUGGCUCCUGCAUCAAUUUCCCAGGACAUUACACAUGCGAUUGCCAUCCGGGCUACCGGCUGAAGUCCUCCCGCCAGCCUCUCUGUGAAGAUAUCGAUGAGUGCCUUGACCCUGGGACAUGCCCUGACGGGAGAUGUGAAAACAGGCCUGGCAGUUACAAAUGCAUCCCCUGCCAGCCAGGGUUUCGUGGCCAAAAUGGAGUGUGUCAUGAUGUGGACGAGUGCGCCGAGGAGGCCCUCUGCAAGCACGGGUGGUGUGAGAAUGUGGCCGGUUCCUUCCGCUGUACCUGCGGGGAUGGAUUUGUUCCUGCGCCGGAUUCCCGCAGCUGUCUAGAUAUCAACGAGUGUGAAAAUGGGUCUCUGUGUGCCAAUGGGGUAUGUGUGAACACGCUGGGAUCUUUUAAGUGCCAGUGCCCGGUGGGUUUCCAGGCUGUGAAGGAAGGCCCGCGCUGUGAAGAUGUGAACGAGUGCGACUUCCCAGCCGCCUGUGUGGGGGGAGAGUGCGUGAACACCGUGGGCUCCUACCAGUGCCUGUGCCGGCCAGGCUACCAGUUGGAAAGCGGCAGGAAAUGCCAAGAUGUCGACGAAUGUGCCAAAGACCCCAACCUCUGCCAGCCUCACGGAGCCUGCGAGAACACCGAUGGCUCCUUUGCGUGUGUGUGCGACGAGGGAUUUGCUCCCUCAGAAGACCGACAGAGCUGCGAGGAGCUGCCCCACAACAAGAAGGAGUGCUACCUGAACUUUGAUGACACCGUCUUCUGCGACAGCGUCCUCGCCACAAACAUCACCCGCCAAGAAUGCUGUUGCUCGCUGGGGGCCGGAUGGGGGGACCACUGCGAAAUCUACCCUUGCCCUGUUCUUAGUUCUGUGGAAUUCCAUACUCUCUGCCCAGAUGGCAAAGGCUUCAUUCUGGAUGACACCACCCUCAACUACGGCAUCCCAGCGCACCGAGACAUAGACGAGUGUGCCCUGUUUGGGCAGGAAAUCUGCAAGGAAGGGAAGUGUGUCAACACGCAGCCGGGUUAUGAAUGCUACUGCAAGCAAGGCUUCUACUAUGAUGGCAACCUCUUGGAGUGUGUUGAUGUGGACGAGUGUUUGGAUGAGUCCAACUGCAUGAACGGGCGCUGUGAGAAUACCCGAGGGGGCUUCCGCUGUGCCUGCCCUGUCUCUACCAUCUAUGAUGCCACCCAGAAGAAGUGCAUUAGUGCCAGUGAAAUCGAUGUGGAUGAAUGCCAAGAUCCUGGGGUGUGCAAACUGGGGCGCUGCACCAACACCGUGGGGUCUUUCUCCUGCGACUGCCACCCUCCCUGGACUUUGGACCCCAGUGGCAAGGAAUGUCAACUCCCUGAAACACAGGCAGACAGGGUGACCGAUCGUCGUGAUGUCUGCUGGCAGCUCCGUGGUGAGGAUGGGAUGUGUUCGUCUCCAUUCAACGGUCACCAGCUCAGCUAUGAGGAAUGCUGCUGCCAGUAUGGGAAAGGCUGGGGCUACCAGUGCCACCCCUGCCCCCCACGUGGCCCAGGCCUGAACUGCCAGUCUACUCCAAGUGAGAGCAACUCUUUCUGGGACUUCAGCGCUUUGUUCAGCAAGGUGCAUAAAGAUGCCGACAGCUCAGAGGAGGACUCUGACGAAUGCCGCUGUGUGAAUGGCCGCUGUGUCCGCACCCAGCAGGGCCUGGACUGCGAGUGCCCCUUGGGCUUCCAGCUGGACAGCACCCGCACCCGCUGCCUGGAUAUCGACGAGUGCCGGGAGCUGAACCAGCGGGGUCUUCUGUGCAAGACGGAACGGUGCGUGAACACCAGCGGCUCUUAUCGCUGCACCUGCAAGUCCGGCUAUGUGCGCUCCCGAUCUCAUGGAAUCUGCAUCCCCCAGCGUCAGCGGUAGCCUGGGGCACCUGCCCCGGGCAACCUCCCUGAACUGGGCCUGGCCACGGUGGGCUUCCUCUGAUUGACCACAGCUGGAAACAGAACACUGGGCUAGAUCAACCUUUUGGUCUGAUCCAGCAAGGCAUUUCUCAAGUUCUUAAGGACUAAUAUUUUGUACCGGCUAUGAUGAAGGGGCAUUUGAUGACGAUGUUGUUAUAGACUCUCCCACCUAUCCCCAUUUUGACUCCCUAACCUGCUGGAUAUUUAUCAUUAGGGUUAAAAACUGCAUUUGGUUUGCACUUGUUUUUGUAGGGUCCAGAAAUAAAGCUCCUUUUUGUACAUAAGAGAUGUGGG